AUGGAUAAACAGAAUCAUUCAGUCGUGACUGAGUUCAUCUUUAUGGGAAUCACCCAAGACCCUCAAUUGCAGAUUAUCUUCUUCGUGGUCUUCCUAGUGGUCUACAUGGUCAACGUAAUAGGGAAUGUAGGUAUGAUUAUUCUUAUCAUAACAGACACACAGCUGCACACACCCAUGUAUUUUUUCCUCUGUAAUCUGUCCUUUGUGGACUUGGGCUACUCCUCUGCCAUUGCCCCCAGGAUGCUAGCUGACUUCCUCACUAAGCACAAAGUGAUCUCCUUCGCCAGCUGUGCCACCCAGUUUGCUUUCUUUGUAGGUUUUGUGGAUGCUGAGUGCUAUGUCCUGGCUGCCAUGGCCUAUGACCGUUUUGUGGCCAUAUGUCGACCCCUCCACUAUACUACACUCAUGUCAAAGCAAGUCUGCUUGGCCCUUAUACUGGGCUCUUACUUUGCUGGUCUGGUGAGUUUGGUAGCCCACACGUCUCUUACCUUCAGCUUGAGCUACUGUGGGUCAAAUAUCAUCAACCACUUCUUCUGUGAAAUCCCCCCCCUCUUGGCCCUCUCUUGUUCCGACACCUACAUCAGUGAGAUCUUGCUCUUCAGUCUGUGUGGCUUCAUUGAAUUCAGCACCAUCCUCAUCAUCUUCAUCUCCUAUUUCUUCAUCCUCAUUGCCAUCAUCAGAAUGCGCUCAGCGGAAGGCCGCCUUAAAGCUUUCUCCACCUGUGGGUCACAUCUUACCGGGGUCACCCUCUUCUAUGGAACAGUCAUGUUUAUGUACCUGAGACCAACAUCCAGUUACUCCCUGGACCAAGACAAGUGGGCCUCUGUGUUCUACACAGUCAUCAUCCCUAUGUUGAACCCUUUGAUCUACAGUCUGCGAAACAAGGAUGUGAAAGCGGCUUUCAAAAAACUAAUUGGGAAAAAACCUCAAUAA